UGGGGUGGUCUUUCUCUGCCCAUCCAGUUGACAUGGGCUUGCCCUCUUUGCUCUUCUGCAGCCUCCCCAUCAACUUCUUGUUCCGCUAGAGCGUGUGUCUUACAGGGUUGGCACAUGGAUCUGACUCAGGGCGCAUGGAGUGUCUCGCUGAACCUUUCCCUCUUCCUUAGACAGGUCUGGGGCUCGGACAUGAGCUCCCAAGAGACCCCACAAGCUCGGAGAUUUCCAAUAGAGGCAGGAGAUUCUCCCAGCCUGGCGACUGCCCCCGAAGCACAGGAGCCCGUUGUCCCUGAGCGCACUGCACCAAGGCAGCUGCGAAGAUGUCCAGGGUGCCACUGCCUGACGUUGCCCAACGUCCCCAUUGACGUCUACAUUGCCAUGGGCGGGAGCCACAGGCCACGAACCACCUGAAGGCUCCCCCAGGUCGGGCUCGAGUGCUGAGGCCACGGCGGCUGUCCCAAGAAACACGCUGACAGCCGCACAACAGCAGAGCAAGCCACACAGAACGGUGACGCACAUUUUAA